AUAAACUAUUUACUGGAUUCAUCGCAACUAAUGGCAAACAAUGGUGAUAAUUUUACUUUGUUAAUUAUUUGUGACUUUAUGUCUGCUGCAAUGUCAUCAAUUAUACGCUUAACACAUGGUUUUAUUAAUUCUUCACCGAUACUAUCAGGUUUCUUUUGCUUUGCUAUCAUAAAAGCUAUUUCAAAUGAAGCUUUGAGAUGCUGCGAUACACCUGUGUGAUAACUUCCCGAUUUAUUCAGUCUCAUCCGCUUGUGUGAUUCUGCUUUAGAAGAAAAAA